AUCGAUUGGUCAUUCAUUAACGGACGGGGUACGAUUCAUUAAUCAAAGUGCGAAAAAAAUUCACUGGAUUAGUUUAAAUUUUGUUUACCACUAGAUUAUAUCUUUCUGGGAUAUAAUUUCUGCUUUUUAAAAUGCCUAAAUUUUGUUCUUUAUCAAUUUGUGUAUUGUUUUUUGUCGUCGUUCCCUUCGCCACAGGUCAAACGGGACAAGAAGGUUUUGAAAAUUACAACUUGACAUGGGAAAUUGGUGGAGGAAAGAUUCGAUUUCGGUCAGUUGUCAAGACGAGAGGGUGGGUGGGGAUUGGGUUGAACAAACAGAGCGGGAUGGAUGGGGCACAACUUAUGGUUGCGGGUGUGACCAAGGGACCAGAUGUAACGAGACCCCCAACAACAGUGAGGACGACAAUAACGAGACCAACUACAACGGAUCCAACGGCGACUACUGAGGAUCCAAUAACUGAAACCACGGAUCCAACUGCAACCACAGAUCCAACUACUGAGACUCCAGAUCCAACUGCGACUCCAGAUCCAACCGCGACCACAGAUCCCACUGCGACCACAGAUCCAACCGCGACCACAGAUCCAACUGCUACCACAGAUCCAACCGCGACCACAGAUCCAACCGCGACCACAGACCCAACCGCGACCACAGACCCAACCGCGACCACAGACCCAACCGCGACCACAGAUCCAACUGCGACUCCAGAUCCAACCGCGACCACAGAUCCAACUGCUACCACAGAUCCAACCGCUACCACAGAUCCAACUGCUACCACAGAUCCAACUGCGACCACAGAUCCAACCGCGACCACAGAUCCAACUGCUACCACAGAUCCAACCGCGACCACAGAUCCAACCGCGACCACAGAUCCAACUGCGACCACAGAUCCAACCGCGACCACAGAUCCAACUGCGACCACAGAUCCAACCGCGACCACAGAUCCAACUGCUACCACAGAUCCAACCGCGACCACAGAUCCAACCGCGACCACAGACCCAACCGCGACCACAGACCCAACCGCGACCACAGAUCCAACUGCGACUCCAGAUCCAACCGCGACCACAGAUCCAACUGCUACCACAGAUCCAACCGCUACCACAGAUCCAACUGCUACCACAGAUCCAACUGCGACCACAGAUCCAACCGCGACCACAGAUCCAACUGCUACCACAGAUCCAACCGCGACCACAGAUCCAACCGCGACCACAGAUCCAACUGCGACCACAGAUCCAACCGCGACCACAGAUCCAACUGCGACCACAGAUCCAACCGCGACCACAGAUCCAACCGCGACCACAGAUCCAACUGCGACCACAGAUCCAACCGCGACCACAGAUCCAACUGCGACCACAGAUCCAACCGCGACCACAGAUCCAACUGCGACCACAGAUCCAACUGCGACCACAGAUCCAACCGCGACCACAGAUCCAACUGCGACCACAGAUCCAACUGAGACUCCAGAUCCUACUGCGACCACAGAUCCAACUGAGACUCCAGAUCCUACUGCGACCACAGAUCCAACUGAGACUCCAGAUCCUACUGCGACCACAGAUCCAACUGAGACUCCAGACCCAACUGCGACCACAGAUCCAACUGAGACUCCAGAUCCUACUGCGACCACAGACCCAACUGCGACCACAGAUCCAACUGAGACUCCAGAUCCAACCGCGGUCACAGAUCCUACUGCGACCACAGAUCCAACUGCGACCGCAGAUCCAACUACAACCGAGGAUCCAACUACAACCGCAGAUCCAACUACAACCGAGGAUCCAACUACAACCGCAGAUCCAACUACAACCGAGGAUCCAACUACAACCGCAGAUCCAACUACAACCGCAGAUCCAACUACAACAGCAGAUCCAACUACAACCACUGAAACCCCGGAAACCGAACCUACGGACCCAACUACAACUACUGAAACCCCGACAACAACACCAACUACAACGCCGGAGACGACGAUUGCCCCACCGUUCACGUUCCCGGAAACAGAAGUUGUCACCACCCUUGAGGUCACUCAGAAGCUCGGCAUUUUACAGGAAGACGAAACAUACAGAGAUCUCCUAAUCGGGACGGAAAACGGGAUUGGAGGGAACUACCCAGGUGUUGCUUGGACCUUCUUAAACGCUACUGAAUUUGUAGACGAAACUGACGGGAUGACUUACACCAGAGUCGAGUGGGAGCGAGAACUCAGCCCUGCUGAUACUACAGAUAUCCAAAUUCUCAUUGGGAUACCGGUCUAUCUGAUGAUGUCGUACGGUCUUAAUGACACUUUCGGAUAUCACGGACUCGAGAAUAGAAAAAUUGUGCGGAUAGAUUUCAUUAACUCGGGGCCGUCCAGUAUGCCUCAAAUUUGGAACAGUCUUAUUCUCAUCCUGGCCGCAUGGACUUUAUUUGUCAGUAGAAAGAACUUAUAAUUGAUUAAUUAUUAUGACAAGUCGCCACACUUUUAACAGUAUAUUUAUACAAAGGCUAGUCCAAGAUGUUAAGUUACCUUCAAUUCUUAUUUAUCCUACAUAUGUAUUUUUAAGCUUAAAUAUUAACAUAUGCAUGCCUCAAUAAAAUGAUCACUAAACAAACAAACUUUCUUUGAAUUUGUUUAGGAAAUUAGUUUGAGUGGGCUCAUGUACAAAUUGUUUCCGCCCAAUAAAUGCGUUUUGCUAACAAAAAACAGAA